CGUAAUUGGUCACGUUCACUAAUGUUCCCAUCCCACCGCAGAGGCAGGAAAGAAAUUCACCUAAAAAAUCGAAUAUUGUAAUAUUAUAUAUAAUAUUGUCAAUAAUUUCAUUUCAUUCUGUCGACAUGGCCGGGCAGCCUUUCCAUUAAGCCCAGUGGCAAGAUGAGGCCCCUCAAAGACGCCCAGCUGGGGGCCUUCACAUUCUUUGCCUCAGCUCUCCCUCAUGAUGUGUGUGGGAGCAACGGCCUCCCUCUUACCCCCAACUCUAUCAAAAUCCUGGGACGUUUCCAGAUCCUCAAAACCAUCACUCACCCCAGACUCUGCCAAUAUGUGGACAUAUCCAGAGGGAAACACGAACGGCUGAUUGUUGUUGCUGAACACUUUGAAAGCAGUUUGAGUGAUUUCCAAAAACAGGGGAAAGCAGUCAGCCCAGAGAAGGUGCUGCAGAUAGCCUAUGAGGUCCUCGAAGGUCUAGAGUUUAUGAACAAACAUGGUAUGGUGCACAGAGCCCUCAGUGCACACAAUGUGCUCAUUGACUGCAAGGGGAAUGUCAAGCUGGCAAAGUUCGGCCUUUAUCACAUGACUGAUCAUGGGGCAGAUGUAGAUUUUCCCAUUGGGUACCCAUCAUACCUUGCUCCGGAGGUGAUCGCUCAGGGCUCCUUUCAUCCCAGUGAUUCUUCCCAUGAUGAAGCCCCCCUGCCUUCAGGGCCCAAGACUGACGUCUGGUCACUUGGCGUUUUGCUCUUUGAAUUAUGUGCUGGCAGACGACUGCUGCAGAAUAUUGAAAUAAGUGAGAGACUGAAAUUCAUUCUCACCUUGGGUCUCAUGGACGACAUUGUGACUGUCCUUGCUGAGGAACACGGCUGCCUGGAUGCCAUUAAGGAGCUGCCUGGUAAUGUUCUCCAGUUAUUAAGGAAAUGCUUGACAUUUCAUCCAUCCAAAAGGCCGACUCCUGCAGAGCUCCUGGGAGACUCUGUGUUUACUGGCGUUUCCUGCCUCUAUACGCCCUUCCAGAAACCCGUUAGUCUGUUCUCUUCUUCCCUGCGCUGUGCACAUCUGGAGCUCCCAGAGGACAUCAGCGACCUUUGCAAAGAUGAUGAUGAGGACUACCUGUCGGAGCGGGCCAUAGAUGAGGUGUACCAUCUGUGGUGUCUGGCAGGGGGAGACUUGGAGAAGGAGCUUACCAACAAGGAGAUUAUACAGUCCAAACCACCAAUCUGCACACUGCCCAAUUUUGUCCUGGAAGACGGGGAGUCCUUUGGCCAGGGAAGGGAUCGGAGUUUCUUGCUUGACGACACAACAGUAACGCUGUCUCUAUGCCAACUCAGAAAUAGGCUGAAAGAUGUAGCAGGAGAAGCCUAUUACCCUCUACUUGAAGACGAACAGUCAAGUUUGCCCCAAUCCAACAGCAGCAAUGAGCUGUCGGCCACCGUCACGCUCCCACUCAUCAUCCGCGAGAGAGACACCGAGUACCAACUCAUCCGCAUCAUCCUCUUUGACAGGCUGCUCAAGGCGUAUCCUUACAAGAAGAAUCUUGUGUGGAAAGAGGCCAGAGUGGAUAUUCCCCCUCUUGUUCGAGGCCUGGCAUGGGCAGCAUUGCUGGGCAUUGAGGGAGACAUUCAAGCCAAAUAUGAGAGCAUAGACAAGGAUACUCCCAUACCAACCGACAGACAGAUUGAGGUGGACAUCCCACGCUGCCACCAGUAUGACGAGCUGCUGUCGUCUCCUCAGGGCCACAUAAAAUUCAGGCGUGUGCUGAAAGCCUGGGUGGUCUCCCAUCCUGACCUGGUCUACUGGCAGGGUUUGGAUUCACUUUGUGCCCCAUUUCUCUACUUGAAUUUCAAUAAUGAAGCCCUAGCUUAUGCCUGCAUGUCUGCCUUCAUUCCAAAGUACCUUUACAACUUCUUCCUGAAGGACAACUCUCAUGUCAUUCAAGAGUACUUGACCGUCUUCUCCCAAAUGAUUGCCUUCCAUGACCCAGAGCUAAGCAACCAUCUAAAUGAGAUUGGCUUCAUCCCAGACCUUUAUGCUAUUCCAUGGUUCCUGACUAUGUUUACACAUGUAUUCCCACUGCACAAGAUCUUCCACCUGUGGGACACACUGCUGCUGGGUAACUCCUCUUUCCCCUUCUGUAUCGGCGUGGCCAUACUGCAGCAGCUCAGGGACCGUCUGUUGGCCAAUGGCUUCAAUGAGUGCAUCCUGCUCUUCUCUGACCUGCCAGAAAUUGAUAUUGAGCGCUGUGUUCGUGAAUCCAUUAACCUCUUCUGCUGGACUCCAAAGAGCGCUACAUACCGACAACAUGCUCAGCCACCAAAGGCAGCUAGUGACAAUGGCUUUGGGAAAACAGCAACAUACUACUCGUCAGACUACCAGGACAUGCCCAAGACAGACCUGUCUCGGGAGCCUCUGGCACUGUGUGACCUGAAAGCAGAAGUUUCCCCGAGGAUCUCGGCCGAGGACUUAAUUGACCUCUGUGAGCUGUCAUUGACUGGGCCCACCAAAAGGACCAAAGCUGGCAAGCCAAAGAUUGUUGCCGUCGACAUCCGCAGUGUAGAGGACUUCAGCAGAGGCCAUAUAUCUGGCAGCAUCAACAUUCCUUUCAGCACGGCAUUCAGCCCUGACGGUGAGCUGGUGCAGUGUCCUGCAACAGGAGUCCUGCAGAACUACAAAGGACGUGUCAUCGUGGUCAUUAGCCACGCCAUGAAAAGUGCUGCCAUGUUUGCAGCACAUCUGGCCAAGGUAAAUUUCCAACGGGUUUGUAUCCUGGAUGGAGGGAUCAACAAGCUGAAGCCCACUGGACUCCUGACUGUCCCCUCCCCUCAGAUCUGAUCCCAGCUCUCGGCUUCACAUGAACAAAAGGGACAAGUAGAAAGACUGUAUAUUGCAUUUUGCGCUUAUAUUGAAGAUUGAAUUUAAUUGAAUUGAGUAACAAAUUUUGAUUUUUUUUAAAAACAUGUUCUAAUUAAACUAUGAUGCAAAUAUAUUUACAGGGCAGUUAUUUUCUGUUUCAAAACAAGAAUGAUUUAAUCAGUUUUUUUUUCUUUUGAACACAUGUUGUAGUAGCUUUGCACUAAUAAUUGAUCUUUUUGUGACCAAUAUAAAAUACUUGUUAUAUUAUGUAUGUUGUCUGUUCUGAGCCAAUUGAUUUAGACAACAAUGUUAUACACUCUUUGGUCAGUUUAUUAAGUACACAGGUACAAUCUUAUGCAAUCCAAUACAACUUUUCUGUCAUAUAUUCUACUUUUAUUAUGUCUAUAAUAACUUCGGAAGGUGAUCUAUGUAUGUUAUAUGUUUAAGCAUUGACUAGGUCAUAGUAGCGCUGGUGGUGUACUCGACUUCAUUAUAUUUUAUAUUUUUUCCCCUUAGUGUAUGUAAAUAUGGAGGGCAAAAAAUAAUAACCAUCAUUAGUCAACUGUGUCAUCCUUAACUAUGACCCUAUGAUAUCAGUAACAAACACAGAAUUGAUAUAUCCGAUUAAGCAAUUUGAUUUGAUAAGUGGUAGUGCCUGACUUUUAACUAAGCCUGUAUCACUCCACUUUACAGGUGUUGUAAACCGUAAUUAGUCUACAAGGUCAUUUUAACAUAUUUUGCACCAUAAAAAGGAACAUAUUUCCACAAAUGUGAGAUAAUUACUGAAUACCUGUCAAAAGAGGACGAAGGCAAGGAAAUAAGCCUUGAUACUGCAUUGCAAAUGUCUACUCAUGCCAUAUGACGUUAGAAGAUGUCGCAAGGUGCUGUCUGAGUAUGUGAUAACUUGUUUGCAUCAAAUUUAUGCAAGAGCCACUGUCAACCAACUCUUACUUCACUGAUUGCACAAUAAAUGAAAACUUCCAGAUAAAUGUACAUGAUACAUAACUGGCCUGUGAUAACAUGUAGACAGUAGCAACAGUACGUGUAGGAGGUAGCAAGCUAGCAUGCAGGAAUGUUUAUUUGUUGCUUGGCAAGACUCCAGUCCCAGUACAGUUGCAUGACUAUAAUGUAAACAAAACCCAAAUAAUAUUAUAAACUUGAAAAGUUUAUGGCAGAGCCGUUGUAUUGAACUGCAGUAUAUUGCACAGGAGUACCUCAUAAAGAUGCCACUGUGUAUUUGUCUUAGAAACAAAAAUGAACACAGUAAUUUGUGCUUUUGGUGAUUUCGUAACAAGUAUUUUUAUUUACCUUGUCUACUCAUCACUGAAUUGUCUACUGUACUGUAUAUUCUAUUGUAUGCAGUUGCCAUGCCAUAGAAAUUGGUUACUACCAUGCUACAGUUGUUUAUUUUAAAACUAUCUGAUAAGUCUGGACAAGCUGUGUAAGUGAUGGUCUUGAUUUUUGUUUCCUAAUUUUGUUUAAUUCACUGUGAUGAUCUUAUAUUUAGUUUUGAAUAAAGCUUCAUGUGGUUUUGCA